GACAAAGCGCGCAGCGGCUGGGGAGAGCGGCUGAUCGCAGGGCAGUCGCACAGAGGGCUCCCCAGGAGGGCCCUGGUGCGGGGCAAAGUCCUUAGGACUCCCCGGUGGAGCGGAGAGGCUGCUGUCGCCAUGAGCCACCUCUUCAGUCCCCCGCUGGCCGCUCUGGCAGCCUCGCCGCUGUUGUACGUGUACAGCCCCGAGAGGCCUGGGCUGCCCCUGGCCUUCGCCCCUGCGGCUGCACUGGCCGGCCCGGGCCGCGUCGAGCCCCCGCAGAAGCCGCCCUACAGCUACAUCGCUCUUAUAGCCAUGGCGAUCCAGGAUGCUCCCGAGCAGAGGGUCACACUGAACGGCAUCUACCAGUUCAUCAUGGAUCGCUUCCCGUUCUACCACGACAACCGCCAAGGCUGGCAGAACAGCAUCCGCCACAACCUGUCGCUCAACGAGUGCUUCGUGAAGGUGCCACGUGAGAAGGGGCGGCCGGGCAAGGGCAGCUACUGGACCCUGGACCCCCGCUGCUUGGACAUGUUUGAGAACGGCAAUUAUCGGCGCAGGAAGAGGAAGCCCAAGCCCGCCGCGGGUUCCCCGGAGGCCAAGCGCACCCGGGUCGAGCCGCCGGAGUCCGAGGUGGGCUGCGAUGUAGGGUCCCCGGACCUGGCCACUGCACUCCCGACGCGCGCGCCGGAUCGCUCCCAAUCCCCGGCAGUAGGCACCGCGCGGCCCGCGCUCCUUCCCUGGCCCGGCCCUGAGCCCCGGGACCCCGACGCGGACCUCACAGUCCAGGGCGCAGGGGCAGUGGCAAGCGGCCAGCUCCAGCGUCCGGCACACCACCUGGGGUCCCCUCUGUGCCCCGCCCCCAGCGGCUCCCCAAAAGGUUCCAAGUCAAAGAGUUUCAGCAUCGACAGCAUCUUGGCCGUGAGACCGACGCCAGCCUCAGGGGCCGAAGCACCGGGGAUCCCUAAGCCCGUGCCUGGCGCGCUGGGCUCCUCUCUGCUGGCUGCCUCCUCCGGCCUAGCGCCUCCCUUCAACGCUUCGCUGGUCUUCGACGCGCACGUCCAGGGCGGCUUUUCCCAGCUGGGGAUUCCCUUCCUUUCUUAUUUUCCUCUGCAGGUUCCCGAGGCCACAGUGCUUCGUUUCCACUAAGGCGGAUUAGCGGCUGCUUCCCUGCCUCGCGAUCCCCCCACCUCCAGUGAGCCAAUGCCUGUGGGCGAAGGAGUCGCCCCGGUCUCUGCCCUGGCAGAGACUGAGGGUUUGGAGCAGCGUACCCGUGCCGGCCAAAGUCGUGCACUGAGGGGCCUCGUCCAUCUGCUUUCUCCGAAGAUGACUUAACCAGCCACCGGAAGCUUUGCAGAUUUAAAAGACUGGUCCAGUAGAGGACAUGGUCGCCGCACACUCAGCCCUCACGGUUCGUCUCCAGCAGAAGCCCCUCGUAGGCUUUGGCGGCGUUGUACAGUGACCACCACAAGUCCCCACUCGGACCUGAGUCUCCUGCUGACCCUGAGGGCAGGACUUAGAGAUAUAGCGAACAGCUCUAUGUGGAGGUUCAACUGGAUCAUGGAAGGCUCAGCGGGCUCCGUGUGGCAUAGGCCUUGGCUUUGAUCUCAUUGGAUGUGGGGAGCUUGCAGCCAGGAUGCUGGGGAUGAUCCGUGGUCCGCAGGCUCUGGGAAAGAUGUAGGCCUGGUUAACGUUUACAACUAAGGUUGAACAAAAGCAGGCUCACCGGAAAUGCUCAAUAUGAAUAGAUAAACCUUCUUCCAGACAGGGAAAGGCUCAUUUAUUCUUGGCUUAUAAACCAGGCUCCCCUUUGCUAUAGCUAGUAGCUUCUUUUAAGGAGCCCCGUGUGUUUGGCACGUACUUUGGCUUUACAGUGGCACACCUGCCGCAUUCCACAGCAUAGUCCUCUGUUCACUUCUGCUUUUCUUUUCUUUUUUUUUUUUUGUGUGGGGGGGAGGGGUUCGAGACAGGGUUUCUCUGUAUAGCCCUGGCUGUCCUGGAACUCACUUUGUAGACCAGGCUGGCCUGCCUCUGCCUCCCGAGAGCUGGGAUUAAAGGCGUACUCCACCAUGCCUGGCCUGCUUUUCUUUUUAAGGCACCAAAAAAUUUCAGGGGACACAGAAGGGUGUGUGAUCGGAGGGAUUAUUAUGACUCAAGGGCGGGUUUUUUUUUUAACUUCUGUAGCUUUUUAAGAUCUAAGUCCCCCCCCCAUCUCUCUCCCCCCCCCCACUCACACUUUCCAGAAACACACACACAGUGAAGGACUACAUGUAAUCAGAGAGGCUGGGGGAGCAUACUACUCCUGAGUGUGGGAGAUAGAUAGCUUCCAGGAGUGACAGGGACUCUCUUCAGACAAAGCCUGUGGUACCUCAAGUCUGUGUUCCCUUUAUAUCCCUCCAGGGAGAUCUAGAUAUUGACAUUACAUAAACCCAUAAGAGGUGACCAGAGAGCGGGGUUGAGGGGGAGGGGGUGGGGAGAUCAACAAAGUGCUGACUAAGGCAACUAAGUUGGUUACCGUGCAGUGCAGUCCUGCUUCCAAAUUUGGGGGAAACUCUCAGGCCUUUGGGGUGCCCAUGUUUAAGCUUGCUGGUGGGCUCUGCAACUCAGCUUUCAGAGGAAGGAAAGUGCUGGUCCUUGAUGUAAAAAAAAGGACCAAAAAUUAAGAAUUCUAGGGCAUAGGUCCACAGUGAUGUCUCACAACAACUAAGGUAUGCCGUGCAUCACACCUGUAAUCUCAGUCCUUGCAAGGCUGAGGCAGGGGGAUUGCUGUGAGUUUAAGGAUAGCUUGUGGCACAGAGUUAGACAUGUCUCAAACUAAGGG